AUAACACAACCAGACUGCUGUGCCUCAAAACCUUGAUACUACAACCAGAACAGUACUACAACAGUUCUACUACUCUACUACAACCAUUACUACCCAAAGUAUUUCUACAGUACCUCAACCAGUACCACAACCAGUACUACUGUAAAACCACAAGAGGAAGAGGAAGAGGAAAACAGCUGCUGCAGAAACAUUGAGCGAUUAGGACAAAGUCAUUAGAAGGAAAAGAAAAAGAGAAGAGACAAGACGAGAAGAGAAGAGACGAAGAUGAGGAGGUUCUUUGGGACUUUGGUCUUCGUCUCUCUGUUGUUGGUCUGUAACGUCGCCUCUCGUCAUGAAGAUCAAUGCUCCGGCAUGUCUGUCCGUCUGCGGGCAUUCAAAUUGACGACCACCUGUAACUUCACGACUCUCAAGGAGAAGCAGCUGAAGGAGAUCCAGGCCCCAACCACCAACGUGGUCCUGCCGGUUCUGUACCUGGUGGCCUUCGUCGUUGGACUUCCCUCCAACCUUCUGGCUCUUUGGGUUCUGUUGUUCAGGACCAAACCGCUCCCUUCCACCACGUUGCUCAUCAAUCUGACAGUUGCCGACUGCCUGCUGCUGUUGGUGCUGCCGUUUCGUAUCGUGUACCACUUCAGGGGGAACCACUGGGACCUGGGUGAACCUUUCUGCCGCGUCGUCAUGGCACUGUUUUACGGCAACAUGUACGGGUCUGUGUUGUGUCUGGCGCUCGUGGCUCUGGACCGAUACAUCGCUUUGGUUCACCCGUUUGGUGCCAAGACGCUGCGCAGCCGUCGGACGUCCCUGUACAUGACAGCAGCAGUGUGGCUGUUGGUGUUGGUAGCCAUGCUACCGUUGCUGGUGUCACAACAGACCUACGUGCUGGACGAGCUGCAGAUCACCACCUGCCAUGAUGCACUUCCUGAGGAGGAGCAGGAAAACUACUUCCUGCCAUACUUCGCCACCUUAUUCUCUGUCUGCUUCUUGCUGCCGUUCAUGGUCGUCUUGUUCUGCCAUGGCGCCGUGCUGCGCACCCUGCUGGCUGAGGGGAAGCGCUAUGGUCAUGCCGUCUGCGUGACAGUGCUGGUCCUUCUGGUCUUCAUUGGGUGUGUGCUGCCCAGUAACAUCCUCCUUCUCCUUAGCUACUCUGACAGUUUUCCAGACGGAGACGAAGAGGACAUCUACGUCAUCUACAUGGUUAGCUUAGCCGUUAGCACCUUCAACAGCUGCAUCAACCCCUUCAUCUUCUACUACGUGUCGGCAGAGUUCAGGGAGAAGGCCACGAGCGAUCUGUGCUGUCGCAGCAUCUCGGGAGAUGGAGUUUCCUCUCUGGAGAACAACGUGUCAUACUCUUCCUCAUCAUCGGGCUUAAGGUCAAAGGUCACCAUGCUGUCCAAGUCCAGUCAGCAGGAGAAGUCAGAGACCAAGUGAGGCGGAGUCAGAAUCACAGGUCUUUCUGUUCGCUGGAGCCAAUCACACAAUGUGGAAGACCUGGAGAACACAGACCUGGAGACCACAGACCUGGAGACCACAGACCUGGAGCCCACAGACCUGGAGAACACAAAACUGGAGACCACAGACCUGGAGACCACAGACCUGGAGACCACAGACCUGGAAAACAUUAUACUAUGUUGUUCUUCCAGUCUGUUGUUGUGACAGUUCAUCCAAACUCUUCAUGUUUUCACACAUCAUCAUAUUUAAAUAUCACAUAUGUAAUAUAAGUAACAUGACAUUAAAAUGUUUCCAACUUGAA